AGAUUCUCGCAAUUCCACAACUACAAAGUCGGUACCUUUUUUUUCCCGUUUAUCUUCGUGGUGUUUUCCAUUUCGAAGCCCAGAGAAACGGGUCAAAUACACCCACAAACCAAAAGCAAAAAAAAAAAAAAAAGCGUGUGAGAGAGAAAGAGAAGGGGGAAGUGAAACACCAAAAAAAAGUAGAGGGAUCUGUAAUUUCUACACGAAUCUGAAGUUAGUUUUUGAGAAGAUUGUGUAUUCUACUGAAAAAGAUGUCUGCAUACAGAGCUGAGGAUGACUACGAUUACCUUUUCAAGGUAGUUCUGAUUGGGGAUUCCGGUGUUGGAAAAUCGAACUUGCUUUCGAGAUUCACUAGGAAUGAGUUUAGCCUCGAGUCCAAAUCAACAAUUGGUGUUGAAUUCGCUACGAGAAGCUUGAAUGUCGAUAGCAAGGUCAUCAAGGCUCAGAUUUGGGACACUGCUGGUCAAGAAAGGUAUCGUGCAAUUACUAGCGCCUACUAUCGAGGAGCAGUUGGAGCACUUCUUGUGUUCGAUGUCACAAGGCACGCCACAUUUGAAAACGUUGAGCGGUGGUUAAAGGAACUGAGGGAUCACACUGAUCCAAAUAUCGUGGUCAUGCUUAUCGGCAAUAAAUCAGACCUUCGACACUUGGUGGCCGUGUCAACCGACGAUGGAAAAUCUUUUGCCGAAAGAGAAUCCCUUUACUUCAUGGAAACGUCCGCUCUAGAUGCUACGAACGUGGAGAGCGCUUUUGCCGAAGUCCUGACUCAAAUCUACCGGAUCGUUAGCAAAAAAGCCAUGGAUGCUGCUGAAGAUUUGAAUGUUCCGUCGAAAGGUGAGAAAAUCGAUGUGGGUAAAGAGGUUUCUGCUAUGAAAUCAGUUGGAUGCUGUUCAUCUUGAAGUAAGAUUAAGGUGUUUGAAUUAGACUCAGAGAUGAUUGAUGUGGGUUUACAUCUGUUUUUAAGAUGUAUCUGUGUCAUUGUGCAACUUUUAGCCUAUAUUUGAUGGGCAGGGGUACAAAAUCUAUUGUGUUAUUUUUGGAUUCAAUUAAGACUAAACAACUUGCUUACCCACUAUUGUUUAUGCUAUAUAUAGUUGUAGUUUGGGGGCU